AUGACCGGCGACAGGAUUAGUGUGGAGCGGAGGCGACAGAUCGUGUCGAUGUCGCUUGCAGGGCAUUCUCAGCGAACGAUUGCUCGAGAGGUGGGAUGCUGCUUGUCUUCGGUGAACCGUAUCAUUCAGCGCUUCCGUGAUGAAGGGCAACUUGAAGAUGCACCAAGGUCUGGACGGCCGCGGGCAACGACGUCGGACGAGGACAGGGCAAUAAUUGCUGGAAACGUGGUCGACCCGUUUGUGACGGCUGUCGAUCUAAAGAAGGAGCUGAGCCUGCAAGCGUCGAGUACAACCAUCCGACGAAGACUAGCGUGCCUCGGGGGUCUCCGUUCCGGAGUCGCGGUUCAGAAACCCGCGCUGAAGCCGGAACACCGAGAGGCAAGACUGGACUUUGCCUUACCCUACGCGGAGUGUGACCCCGCGCAGCGCAGCCACGUGCUGUUUACUGAUGAGGCAACGUUUAAUAUCUACCCCAGUACGUUGACAGUGUGGUCUCCAGUGGACGGCACUCCGUGA